AUGACAGUCGGUGUCUCACUUGGAGCGGUCAUAGCGGGCGCGCUUGAGCCUAGAAUUGGAUGGAAACCAUUGUUUGGCAUCCAGGCACCAAUAAGCUUUGUGGCUGGCUUGGGUCUUCUCUUUUCAAUUCCAGCCAGCCAUACUUCAAAGAACAUCAAGUAUGAAAAUCUCUCGAUCCGCGAAAAGCUAGCCCGCAUCGACUACUCCGGAGCCCUGCUCUUGACCACCACCAUUGUGCUCUUCCUUCUUGGCUUAUCUGGUCCAAAGGUUCUUCCAACGCCGAUCAUUCUAUCGGCUCUUGCUCUUCCAGUAUUCGUUCUAAACGAGGCCUACGUCGCUGGCGAUCCCGUCAUUCCAGUCUCCGUUCUACGAUCUCGUGGAACCCUGUUGACCUGCCUUGGCACGACUGGCUUCAUGAUGGCCCGUUGGAGUAUCCUCUUCUACACGCCCGUAUAUGCGCUUGCCGUUCGGGGUUGGGCUCCGGCUGUCGCUGGAUCAAUUCUCAUUCCCACUAACGCCGGCUUUGCAACCGGUGGUCUUCUUGCUGGUGUCUUCCAUAUCAAACGCACGGGCAGCUUCUACCUCCAUACCGUCGUUGCGAUGGCACUAUUUCCAAUCACUAUGGCUGUCCUGGCUCUCAUUUCUACACCAACAAGUCCGUGGGGUCUAUAUGUUGCUAUGGUGUUCCUCAACGGACUUGUUACUGGCGCGGCAACGAACUACGCACUUGUCCAUCUGCUCCAUCUUACACUCCCGGAGGUGCACCCGAUCGUGAUCUCUCUCCUUGCUACGUUUCGCGGCUUCUCAGGCUCUUUCGGUUCGGCCAUUGGCGGUGGCUACUUCGUUCGCGUACUGCACAAAUCUCUGGAUGACGGUUUUGCGCAGGCUGGGUUGAAGAAUCGCGGUGAGCUCACUCGGAGACUACUAGGGAGUCCGGCACUUGUAGGUAAGCUGGAAGGAAAAGACAGGGUCGUUGCCGUCGGGGCAUACGCGGAUGCACUCAAGGCAUUGUUCCUUUGUGCCGUAGGACUCUCCAUCGUCGUCGUGCUCGUACAGGCCGGUACAGGUUGGAAGGAGCCGGCAAAGAGCGAGGGUCAAAGAGCGGAAGAGGAGGUGGAAGUCGAAGACGGGAUGCCUGCAGGUGCUUGA